AUGUGGGCCGGGUUCCCGAGCGUGUGCCCGUCCGCGAUCGCGUCGCUCGGCGCCGGGUUCAUCGCGUGCUUCAUCAACCUCGGGAGCGCGCUGACGCCGCUGACGAUCGGCGCGAUGCGCGCGUCGAUGCGCGAGGACGCCGCCGAAGACGGGAUGUUUUCGCUGUUCGCCGCGUUGAGGUACGGCGUCCUCGUCGCACUGGUCCCCAUACGACCCCGUUCGCGUUGUGAACGCCGUUCCUUAAGGACUAUCUCAUCCGGCGUCUGUUUCUCCCCGCCCACCCCUCGAGUUCGAUCCCGACGCACCGCGUGUUGCCUUUCAACUCCGCGCCUGACGCCUUUCAACUCCGCCCCGACGACCGUCGCAGUCUUCUCGCGGCCGCGGGCGGCCGGGCGCUGUCGAAUGGUUGCCUCGGCGGCGGGACGGAAGGGACGACGGAGACGGGGGCCACGUCGGGGGGGUACGUCGCGAUGGAAGAAGACGAAGACGAAGAGCGCGGCGCGGCAGAAGGCGCGGAAGUACCUAGCUAGACAGUAG